GAUAGAACUUGACUUAUGUAUACAUUCUCAAUUCAGCAACACAUUUCGCCUCCUCACCGUUCGUUUUUGAUUGGGAGGCAAAAUAAUGUAAAAUUGAACAAACAAAAAAAUCACUGUAGAAUCGAUUCAACGGUUAAAUGGGAGAGCCUAGAUUUUUUAAUAAUAUCGUUGUAAGUGUGGAUAAAAAUGUCUUCCGGUGAAGAUGUAUCAAAUCUUGUAACAAGAACUCAGGACCUUACUCUGGGACAGCCCGAGGGAAAUCUCGGAAAUCAGAGCGACGGGGACGACGUUUCUCCGCCACCUCAAAAUUUACAAAAUAUACUUGUUUUUUCUCGAGCAAGACGAGCCCUUCUGUUUGGAACGGAUGAGGAUCACACAUCCUCAUCUUUGGGAAGAGGUGGAGAAUGCCCUUCAACAAGCACUGACAGCCGCCCACCCAGUAAUUCCAUAAAUACUCUGCAUCCGGAGACACGUUCUUCCAAUGAAUUACCACUGGAAAAUGCUCAAGUUCAUUAUUCUGAUGUGGCAGUUUACAAUUGGCAAGGUAGCAAAGCUACCAUAAAGGAAAGAUUUGCGUUUCUCUUCAACAAUAAAAUUCUAUCAGAUGUUCAAUUUCUCGUUGGACGAGGAUCUCAGCAGCAGCAUAUACCAGCACACAAAUUGGUUCUGUCUUCGGGUAGCGCUGUAUUUGAUGCAAUGUUCAAUGGAACACUGGCCACUGCAUCACCAGAAAUUGAAGUUCCUGAUGUUGAGCCCAUUGCAUUUUUAGCUGUGUUGCUUUUUUUAUACACUGAUGAAUUGCAUAUUGGCCCAGAAACUGUUAUGACCACUUUGUACACAGCUAAGAAAUAUGCUGUGUCUCCAUUGGAAAAACACUGUGUUGAGUUUCUUCGCAGUAAUUUAACAAGCGAUAAUGCUUUUAUGCUUCUGACGCAAGCUCGACUCUUUGACGAGCCUCAACUUGCUUCUGUAUGCCUGGAUACAAUUGACAAAUUCACAACUGAUGCUCUGAACGCUGAUGGAUUCACUGACAUUGAUAUAGAUACGUUGAUGGUUGUCCUCGAACGAGACACUUUACGAAUUAGAGAAUCCAGAAUUUUCCAAGCUGUUGUGAGGUGGUCAGAAGCUGAAUGUGUGAGACAACAAUUGCCUGUGACUCCUGAAAACCAGAGAUCCGUUCUCGGGCGAGCUUUAGCUCUGGUUCGAUUCCCACUUAUGUCUGUUGAAGAAUUUGCUGCUGGUCCAGCACAGAGCGGGUUACUUACCGACAGAGAAGUAGUCUCGCUGUUUUUAUAUUUUACUGUGAAUCCGAAACCUCCAGUCGGGUUCGAAGCUAUGCCCCGAUGUCGACGGUUAGGCAAAGAAUUGACAGUAUCUAGGUUUCAACAUACAGAUCGUCGGUGGGGAUAUAGUGGUACAAGUGACCGAAUACGUUUCAGCGUAGAUAGAAGGAUAUUUCUGAUUGGCUACGGUGUUUACGGAAGUGCAUACGGACCCGCAGAAUAUGAAGUUUUGAUAGAGCUCAUUCACACGGCCUCGGGGAAAAUUAUUGCUACGAAUGCAACGAGUUUUAGUUGUGAUGGAUCGAACUAUACGUAUCGUUUGACGUUCAAGGAACCUGUCGAAAUUAUAGCGAACACCAUUUACACUGCCUCCGCGAAAUUCAAGGGUCCAGAUUCUCACUACGGAACGAAGGGUUUGCGUCGCGUGACCGUGGACUGUGAUUCAGGAAAAGAAAAAUUAAGAUUCCAGUUCAGUUUCGCAGCUGGUGAUAACAAUGGGACCUCACUAGAAGAUGGCCAAAUACCAGAACUGAUAUUUUACACGUGAUGGAUGUGAAUUUUCCCAUUCGAAGAAAUAAUGAAACGCUAAAAAAUGCAUUCCUGUCUAAUUUGUAAAUAUCCUGUGGUUGAAUAUUUAAUUGUACGAGUUAUCCAUGGGAGCAACGGCCAAAAUGUUGAAGACGAGCUAGUAUAUAUUGUAAUUGUUCUCAACUCUGAAUAAAGUAGUCUUUGAAGUGCA